AUGCCGACGACGACGGCGCCGAUGGCGAGGCCCGUGAGGGCGUUGCGGACCUUCAGCCCCCGGGUGAGCACGACCUGGACGGGCCUCGAAGCAGGUCGAAAGGGAGCCCCGGGAGCCCGCGCCGCCUCCCCCGCCUGCCGGGCGCUGGGCCCGGCCUCCCCCGAGGAGCCGCCGCCGCUACCUCCCUGCGACAUCUUGCCUGGCUGGAACUCUCGCGAGAGUCCGGGCGAGGGCGCGGCGGCCGAGACCUGGCGCGACGCGGCCCUGGCGGACGCUCCUCCCGCCAUCUUGGGCGAGGGCAAGCGGCCUUGUGGCGCGAGCGAGGCCCGACUCGAGUUGUAUAGUAUUGUCAUUUCGGGGGGAGAACGCGGCAUCGUGCUGUCGUUUCUUGCCAUUCGAGGUGCCGGAAGCACUCUUGAGAUGGGUUUGCCAGCACAGGUGGUGGCCAGGUACCAACACUCAGAGCCUGUCUUUGGGGCGGUGGCCCCAGAGCUCCUUCAAGAUGUUCUGCUGCAAAUGGCCAAGGAGAAUGAACAGGAUUUACGAGAGCUGUGUGACGAGACGGGCUGCUUCAAGGAGACACAGAUAGUGGAUUUUGUGUUUCUUUUGUCUGAAAAAUGGGGCCUGCCUGAAUUUGCAAGAUACCAAGCGAUUGAAAUAUUUGAAAGGUUCAUGCUCACACUUACUCAGCAGUUCUCCUUUUCCACUGGAGCAGAGCAGGAAGAAAGCAACUGUGUCUUGGCGAGACAGCAGAUUGUCGACACAUGUGUGCUGCGCUUGGUCUCCUGCAUCCAGCUAGCCAGCAAACUUUCCUUCCACUACAGCAUAGUCAACAACGCUGUGGUCCUGAAGUUCCUGCAGUCUAUGGGCUUCUCCUAUACUACCGAGGACUUGCUGGAAUCAGAACUGGGUAUUCUGAAGGCUCUGCAUUUCCAGAUCAAUGUUCCGACCCCUUUAGCUUACAUUGAGAUGCUUUUGGAGGUUUUAGGGUAUAACGGCUGCUUACUUCCCAUGGAACAGAUGCAUGCCAUGUGCCGACAUCUGCUGUCUUUAACAUACCUCCUGCGCGUCAGCGUCUACAGUACCCUGCUGAAGGCUUCAAUUGAAAACACAUCACCAAAUAAACUCCAGCUAGCCAAGUUUGCGGCAGUGAAAGAAGAUCUGAUGCUGUUGGCGGUGGGAAUCAUCGGAGCCAGCGCUUUUCUGUUCCACACCGAGGACUGGAACCAGGUUGCAGAGAACCUCAGCGACACCACCGGCAUCAGCAUGCGAAGCAUUGUCGAGAUAGUCGAUGCAAUCUUGAAGCACAGCAUUGGCCAUGCUGUGGACGAUGGCUAA